CCCAUGACCAGCGCUAGUUCCGGUUCCCUGUCUCUCUCUCCCCCCUCCCCCCCCAGUUAGUGCGUGGAACGGAAAAGCGGGCGAAAUGGGGAGCGGGGAUGAUGAGCUGGUUGAUGAUUUCCCCGAGCAGUUUCGCUCUUACUCGGAGAACGAAAAACACUGGCAGGCGCGGCGCUCCUUUAUCCUGCGCAACGUCCCUCCGGAGGACGGGACGGUGCUCUCUCCGCUGCGUGUGGACCAGCUGCUCUCGCUCUCUAUGGUCUGGGCCAAUCACCUCUUCCUGGGAUGCAGCUACAACAAAGCUCUCUUGGACAAAGUAACUGAAAUGGCUGAAGGGAUUGAAGUUGAAGAUGCCCCACAUUUUACAACCCGUGAUGAAAUAAUGAAAAAGCCUUUCUCUCUCUCUCUCUCUUUAGAAUCAACAAUAGUUCUCAAGAGAAGACUGGCUAGACUUUUACUGUCCCAUGCAGUCUACUGAAAUAGAAGACUAACCUGAAGACUAGAAGAAUCAUCACUUAGAUGCAUUUUAAAUUGGGAUCUUUUUAUAGUGGACACUCAUUUUAGGUUUUUAAGUAUAUAUCUUGAUUCUGAUCAAAGAAGAUGUUGAGAAUUCUUGUUUCCUCCCUCUUUGACUGUGGAACAUAACCUUCUAGAAAGAAAGGUGAAGGACUGGAUCUUCUCUCACACACAGAAUUCCACCCACACCAGCCUGCCUUUUCAGAGAGUCAGACUGAAUGGUACAAGGUCUGCUCCUCACCAGAGGCAGACCUAACAAUCAAACACUCUCUUAUGUCCCAGAGCUAGAAGUGAAUCGCUCUGUCACACUACCAAGCAGAGCUAUCCUUCUGUCUGUCUGCUUUGUUUCCUCUCCCUGAGGCACAACUUAACUCCCUCUUUUCUAGUAUUCCCUCCAACAUCUCAUCCCCUUUCUCAAAGGCAAUUGGAUAUUUGAGCAGGACUCCCAUGGGCUUACCUGACUGAUUGAUUUUUCCUUCAGGGGUAGGAUAAUCUCCUGUCUGUCACAUGAUCCCCUUUCAAAACUCAUUGACAAGAUUUGCCCAUCAACAUCCUCCAACAAGUUGAUUAUCCUUUGGAAGGUGGCUCCAGCAUUUAUAAGCCCAAACAGGAGGACUGUAAAUUUGAACAAACUGAACUUGUUGGUAAACUUUUGGCCAGUAACCAGGAUGGUAAUACAGGGUUUGUACCAGUUCAUUCACUUGGGGCAUGGAGUAGGUAUCUGUCCUUGUGUCUUUGUUUAACUUCCUGUAGUCAAUCCAGAAUUUGAUGGUCUGAUCAGAAAUUAGGAAUGAUGAGGCAGACCAUGUGCUUUCAGAUGGCAUUAUCACCACUAGAUCCAGCAUUUCUUUGAUUUCCUUUUCAAUGCAGGUGGUAUUAUUUUCUGUUACCCUAUAUGAGGUUGUGACUAUUGGGGCUUCCUCACGUAUGUUGAUCUUGUUCUGAAAGAGCUGAGCCCUCCCAAAUUUAGAGGAAAACAAGUCAGCAUAUUCCACCAAGACAACAUUCACCUGUACCAAUUGUUCAUCAGUGAGAGAAAGGUAAUGUUUACACUCUCAACUCCCAUCACUAAAUAAGGUUUCCUCCCAUGCCUCCAGAGCUUGUCUUGCUUCACACUUUUUAGAAUCCAGGAGUACUGUUUCGACUUCUUUCAAAGUAGGGUUUUAGCAUAUUAACAUGGUGCAGCUUGUUUUUGUUGCCCUUGGAACACAUUCACAAGGCAGUUUACAUCAGUUAUCUUAGCCACAACUGCAAAAGGCCCUUCCCAAGUGGAUUGCAAUUUGUUUUUCCAUUUAGGUUGCCAAUACUUUGUACCCUUUUUCAUAGCAUCUCUCUCAGGCCCUCGCAUCAUACCAGUUCUUUUGCUUUUGCUGGAUGUGAUGAAGAUUUUCACCUGCAGCUGCCAGCAUUUUACGCAGGAUGUUCUGUAAGUCUUCUGCCUAUUGCAUGAUGGUCUCUGGUUCAGGAAUGUCUUUUCUUUCCUAUGCCUUUCUGAGGAUGUUGAAAGGUCCUCGUACAUGCUGACCAUACAAGAGUUCAAAGUGGCUGAAUCUGGUGCUGUCCUAUAGGACUUCUCUGUAGGCAAACAGCAUGUGCUGCCAGUGUAUGUGUCAUGGGCUCCCCAGCAGCCAGCCAGGCUUCCUCAGAUGAGGAAUCCUGACAGGAUAACCCAGCUUCAUCAGAGUCUCAGCUGGCUGAAUCUCCAGAGCCAUAGUUGGUUGAAUCCCAUGAGCAGUCAGAAGUCACAUAGGUGGAAGACAGUGCUGGCCUAAGCCAAGGGCAGACAGUUCUCCUGGGUCACCUGGUUCGUGAGGCAGCUUAGACAUCAGGCGCUCCACACCAAAAGAUGCAGCACCUGUUUGGAGGCCCAGAGACGUCGAAGGGAUGGUUGUGAGUCAGCUCAGGAUUCAGACUGAACAAGAAUGCAGGCUUAUGAGAGGCAGCUGAAAACAGUAAGAGUUGCCAGAGCAACUUUGGGAAACAUCCUGAUAGUUUCUGCUGUGCCUGCCCUAGGAUUUAACAUUUGGAUUUGUGGACGCAGACCGGACUGACUGACCUGCCCCUUGCUUGGCUUGUAUGGCUUGCACUGAACUGCUUUUCCUCAGGACUUUAAGUAAGCUCUCUCUCUCACACUGCCUGAUUCUGCUAGCCAGCUGUAACUUGAAGCUUCUGUGCACUCAGCAAGCAGUGACAGUAAAUCCCAAUAAUUUUGAUGCGUUGCAAAGUAAGAUUCGACCACUCUCCCUAGCAUUUCAUUGAGCUGUUCUGUUAAGCCAUUCAUCUCUGGAUUAUAUGGGAUGGAAGUCAGAUGCUUCAUGCCACAUGCUACACAUCGGCCCAAGCUUCUGUAUUGCAGUGGACAUAACAUUUCAAGAUCACUCAUGGUCUCCUUAGGAAAAUCGACUGCAGAAAAGAAACAGCAGGUGACUUGUUACUAUUUAUGCUUCAGUGUUGCUCAAAGGCACCACUACAGGAAAUCUUGCAGAAGUCUGCCACAUUUCUUCCUAUCUCAGGCCAAUAAAAGCAUUGAUUCAGUC